ACAAGAUAACGCCUAUUAUUCGGGUUUUUUCUCAGUUCGGCCAUCUGGAUCUGGACGUGGUCACUCAGGACACCCCUUGGUGUGAAGUUCACCGUUGGUAUGGUCACCCCUCGGUGGAUGGAAGAUGCCUGCAGAAUGCAGACCCAGUGAGAUGGGACGAAAUCCUUCAAAAGGGGUCGCGGGAGAAGCAGCAGCCCCUGAGAAUGUGGGCAUGGGAGAACCUGGGCUUUUAUUCCCUUCGUCAGAUUUGGCUCAGCCCCUGCGGGAUGAUUAUAUGUCACCAGCCUCUCGCCCAAGAAGAACAGAGCAGAGAGCCCUGAUGAAGGCAGUUCAGCAGAGAGGCACGCGGUCAGAGUCUGCAGCUCCUUAUGCCAGGUCUGGGGAAUCACAACGAUUGCACGGUCGUCGACCGAUGGAAGAGCCAGUAUCUCAGCAAGGUCUCCAGUCUGCUUCGACGCAAUCGCCUCAGGCACUUGUACACCCCGGCGCUACGUCUGUGGCAUCGCAAUCCAGGCUUGGGAGUGUGGGAACUUCUCUGAGAGGGCAAGACUACCCGCAACCUCUCCCUGUCGGGACGGCUUUAGCAAAUAGAGAAGGGGACGGUGUCCCACCUUACAUUGUUUUCCCGGUCAUCCUGACAUGGACUGAGGGGGAUUUGAAACUUUUGACUGCCACUAAACAGGAUACGCCCUUGGGGAAAGUGAGAGUGCAAUCACUUUUGAAUUCUCUCCGUCGCCACGCCCUGACCGCGAAACGCCAGAUCAGUUCUCUUGACUUCUUUAGCAGGCAAGAGAGUAAACUGCGCGAGGUGCUGCGACUUCUGAGCCCUUCUUUGAAUCCGGACCCUGUUAUUUCACCUCCGCUGAUUUCUGAAAUUCGCGAAAUCGCGUCGCAAGUGCGUGAUUAUCACAAACACUCGGUGUGGAAAGCGAAGCAAAAAUGGUUGGCGGCGGCUGACCGUAUGACUGCAUCUCACUUUCGUAGAGUCCCCUGCAACGGAUCUGACACCUGUGUCUUGCAACUUGACCACCCCUUUGAUGAGGCCUCUCCUCCCGCUGUUACAACCGAGGCGAUCCUGGAUUAUGCUGUUUUGUUCUGCAGGGAUCUUUUCACUACCAGAUUGCAAAUCCCGAAUGUGGACGAGUACUGUUCACUGCAUAUUUGGCCUGCUUUGGAUAAAGAGCUCUCGUUAGAGCAGCGGCAGGCACUAGAGAGCGACUUUACAGUUGAUGAGAUUAGGGUGGCCAUCAAACAGCAACCACCGGGUAAAGCUCCGGGCGUUGAUGGCUUAUCAGCCAUGCUGUUCAAGAAAUGUGCUUCCAUGCUUGACCAAGAGAUUGUUAACUGCCUCAUGUCCAUGGCUUCGGGUCAUCCUAUGCCUGCACAACAGUUGCAGGGGGUGGUCACUCUUGUGCACAAAAAGGGGGCAAAAUCGCAAAUUUGGAAUAAGCGCCCUAUCACGUUGACUACUACGUUCUAUAAGAUCGUUUCGAGAGUUUUGGCUAACCGCAUGCAGUCGGUCUUGCCUGGUCUCGUCCAUCCGGAUCAGACAGGAUUCAUGCGAGGCAGGCAGAUUCUGGACACAGUGAUAGCUGUGGCACAGGGUGCAGAACUCGUGAAUCGAUAUGCAGCCCCCUUUGGAAUCUUGCUCUUAGACUUUGAAAAAGCUUGGCAGUUCCUCUUCGCUCUGUUGACGAAGCUGAACUUUGGGCCCCGUUUUUUUAGUUGUAUACGAGCUCUCUUCAAUGGAGCGACAACUGCAUUGUUGAUAAAUGCUCUUUGGAGUUGGUAAUUUUGGUCAUGCUUGGAUGUCCAGAUAUAUAUCGGCCACGUGUCGGAGAUUGGCUUUUCUUCUCUCUCUCUCUCUGUUCUCUCCCUGGUCUGUGGUGUAUAUAUCGGCCACGUGUCGGAGAUUGGCUUUUCUUCUCUCUCUCUCUCUGUUCUCUCCCUGGUCUGUGGUGUCCUUACUGUUUCUUCUCUGUCUUGAAGCGCUCUGGGACAGUGGGAUCUAGAAUACCUUGCGUGUGACGAGUAGUACCUAGCAUACCUUGUGUGUGAUGAGAGAUGGGAGGAUUAUGAGAGAUGGGAGGGAACUGGUUUGAGGAGGGAAGGGUCUAGACUGUCGGCAAUGCAAGAGAGAGAGCCUCUUUCUCUCAUCGCACCUCUCUCACUCUCAUUCCACGUCUCUUCCAAUUUCUUGGUCUGUCUUUUUAUCAGCCCACGGGAAAGACGAUAACUCAAGACUCUCUUGCCGCCCAUCU